AUGAGUGGAGAGGUCCACAUCCCUUACAUACUAUUUGAGAUCCCUUCCAAUUUCCGAUGUGGGAUAUUUAUCCCUAAUAUGCCCCCUCGAGACGAUGGCUCUUUGGCCAUCGAUCUUGCUGGAGCAAUCGACUGGAGAACCGACCAACAAACGAACCACUGUAACUUACCUGAGCUCUCCAAGAUGACAGAGCCAGAACCACAUCGACAGACAAACCUAGCAACCUCGGACCAGCACCGGACCGAAACACAAACUGAGAAGAGCAAAGACACCUGGGCUAAACCCCUAAUCAAACGCCCGUCUUCCGACAGGAAAGGAAGAGACAACUGCUUCAAAGACGCGAGAGAAGCUCCUUCCGUGCAAGGAAAGGUGACCAGAAACCAAAUUCUUUACCACACGCCGCCACCGCGUCACUGCUAUAACCGAAACUGA